AUGGCCUCCGGACGCUCAGAACGCGUCUAUCACCAAGAUUACAUUGCGCGCAUCAGAUACUCCAACACAUUACCACCACCUCCGAACCCGCCAAAGCUCCUCGACAUUCCUGGAACUGGCAUCGCAUCGAACAACUACACAUCCGCUUCAUAUGCUCUGAAGUUAGCGCGAGAGCAGCCUCUCAACAUCGAGGCCGAUGCUGAGCUUGGAAUGCCCAUCGACCUAGUCGGUCUGCCAGGUGUCUUUGAUGGAGACGAGAGCGCCAUCAUGGCCCAGGAUCCCCCACCAAUGCUUCACCCGAAAGAUCGAGCAUUGCUCAAGCCGCUAUCAGCACUGGGAAAGCCGACGGCCAUGAACAAUGGUGUCAGUUUCCUGCGCAGAACAGAAUACAUCUCUUCCAACGCCGCCGCUGUCCAAAGAUUCGAAUCGAGUACCUCCAAAGACCUGCUGCGCGUGCGCAAUGAUCCCAAGCGCCGCAAGGCACCGCCCGUCAACCGCGACGACCCCAUCAACAUUAUCAGAUCACUUGUCAAGGGCUUUGACCUUGCUUAUCCCGAAGACGCAUACACUGGCCCCGACUCCGAGACGAACAUCCGUGGUGCUCCCAUCACUGAAGCCGACAGAAGUGCAUGGAAGAAGCCAAAACACCCUACCAAGCCCAACCUGACUCUUCUGGAUGCAUACCCUCUCCUGCCCGAUAUGGACGCUCUGCCAUUGACCGGCGACUACCAGAUCGUAAAAUUCAGCACCAACCCCGUUGCUCAGUCAGAUUCCUAUGACCAGCGCCUCGAUACAGCACUAUUGCGACCACUUGGUGCAGACCUUGCCUUGCAUGAAGAGCGCAUGGCCGCGCACAAAGCCGACCCCACGAUGCCUAAGCCGCUUCCUGAAUGGGACUACGAUUUGUUCCUGGCAGAGCAUGAAACCUCAGUUCGCGGCAUCAAACGCAAGUUCGAUCCCAACGACGCUCAAAAUGAUGAUCCAUCACUUUACGACACCGAAGCAGAUGGCGAAAGCUGCUUCCAAUUCCAGCGUAUCCGUGAAUACGAAACAUACCAACAGGCUGGUGACGCCGACAAUGCGUACGGUGACACAGUUGCUCUUGCACUGCACGAUGCCAGUGACCGUCUCGAAAAGGGUGCCUAUUUCUACCCUGUGAAACAGCGAACCAAUCUUCGUCCUAAGCGUAAGACACCUGGACCUCCUGAAGAAGGCCGUCUCGAGCAUGUUGAUGUGCUACACGUCAACGUCAGAGACCCCAACUCAGACGAGGCCGCCAUGCGCUCCGAUGUGCAGGCCGCUCUGGACCCCACUACAGAGAGUGUGUAG